UAUAAAGAGUGAGAAUGACCUCUCAUUCAAGCAGAAAAUUUUCUGAGUAAUUCAUUUUCUGGAUUGCAAUUGAGUUUCAGUAAGGAGAUGGUUUCAAACACUGAAGGUGGGAAGAGCUUUGCCAGGAGAGACCGGCUGCUGGAAAUAGAGGCUCAGGUUCAAACAUGGUGGGGAGAAAAAGAGAUUUUCAGGGCUGAUUCUCUCGAAACGCCUCCUAAACCGGGUGAAAGGUUCUUUGGGAAUUUCCCAUAUCCUUACAUGAAUGGCUACCUGCACCUUGGUCAUGCAUUUUCCCUUUCAAAAUUGGAGUUUGCUUCAGCAUAUCACCGACUGAGAGGCGCCAAUGUCCUCUUGCCUUUCGCUUUCCACUGUACUGGGAUGCCAGUCAAGGCCUCUGCUGAUAAACUAUCCCGGGAAAUCCAAUUGUUUGGUGAUCCACCCAUCUUCCCUUCCACCCCAGAGGACCAAAUCAGUGACCCAGACCUGGAACUGGGGGAAGAAGUUGGGGAAAACCAGGGUGUGGCAGAAAAGUUCAAAGGCAAGAAGUCCAAAGCAGCAGCAAAGGCGAGCAGCACCAAGUUUCAGUGGGAGAUUAUGCGGAGUUAUGGCCUCUCUGAUGCUGAGAUUUCUAAGUUCCAGGAUCCAUAUCACUGGCUAAUCUAUUUCCCCCCUCUGGCCAUGGAAGACCUCAAGGCUUUUGGCUUGGGCUGCGACUGGAGACGGUCCUUUAUCACCACAGAAGUGAACCCCUUCUAUGACUCAUUUGUCAGGUGGCAGAUGAGGAAGCUGAAGAAGAUGGGGAAGAUUGUUAAGGACUUGAGAUACACUAUCUACUCUCCUUUAGACGGCCAGCCGUGUGCUGAUCAUGACCGAGCUUCUGGUGAAGGCGUUUUGCCUCAAGAGUACACUCUUGUAAAAAUGGAGGUAAUCCCACCAUUUCCCCCAAAGUUGAGAGCUCUGGAAGGGAGGAAGGUGUUUCUUGCUGCUGCAACAUUGAGGCCUGAGACAAUGUAUGGACAAACAAACGCGUGGGUGUUGCCAGAUGGGAAAUAUGGAGCCUUUGAGAUUAAUGAUACUGAUGUGUUCAUUUUAUCUGAGAGGGCAGCUCUUAAUCUUGCAUAUCAGAAACUGUCGCGUGUUCCAGAAAAGCCUAGUUGUUUGGCUGAGCUAACCGGCUAUGAUUUAAUCGGUUUGCCCCUCAAGUCCCCAUUAGCAUUCAAUGAGAUCAUAUAUGCUCUCCCCAUGCUUUCGAUUCUCAUUGACAAAGGUACUGGAAUUGUGACAAGCGUGCCAAGUGAUUCACCCGACGAUUUCAUGGCUCUCCAUGAUUUGAAAACAAAGCCAGUUUUCAGAGCUAAGUUUGGUGUAAAGGACGAGUGGGUCUUGCCAUUUGAGGUCAUUCCAAUUAUCAAUACCCCAGAAUUUGGAGAUAAGUCAGCUGAGAAAAUCUGCAAAGAUUAUGGUAUUCAGAGCCAGAAUGAGAAAGAGAAGCUUGCUGAGGCCAAGAAACUGAUUUACAGGGGAGGAUUCUAUGAGGGAACUAUGAUUGUUGGAGAAUAUGCAGGAAUGAGAGUCCAGGAAGCUAAGAAUCUGAUCAGGAGCAAGCUUCUGGAGCUCGGUCAAGCUGUUGUAUACAGCGAGCCAGAGAAGAAGGUCAUCUCAAGAUCAGGGGAUGAGUGUGUGGUGGCUCUGACUGAUCAGUGGUAUAUCACCUAUGGGGAGCCUGAAUGGAAGCAGAAGGCAGAGGAGUGCUUGGCCAGCAUGAAUCUGUACUCCAAUGAGGUGCGGCAUGGUUUUGAGCACACAUUGAGCUGGCUGAAUCAGUGGGCUUGUUCCCGUUCCUUUGGGCUUGGGACUCGUCUUCCAUGGGAUGAAGACUUCCUCGUCGAGUCCUUAUCUGAUUCGACUCUAUACAUGAUAUACUAUACCAUAUCUCAUCUGUUACAGAAAGGGAACUUGUAUGGUUCUGAUACUUCUUCGGUUAAACCAGAGCAAAUGACAGAUGAGGCUUGGGACUUUGUGUUUUGUGGCAGCCCAUUCCCCAAAUCAUCUGAUAUUUGCCCCAGUGUUCUGAGGAAGAUGAAGCAGGAGUUUGAAUACUGGUAUCCAUUUGAUGUCAGGACUUCUGGCAAAGACCUGAUUCAGAAUCAUCUCACUUUUUGUAUAUACAACCACACAGCAAUCCUAGCCAAGCAUCACUGGCCUAGGGGAUUCAGAUGCAAUGGGCACAUUAUGCUGAAUUCUGAGAAAAUGUCCAAGUCCACCGGAAACUUCAUGACAAUACGGCAAGCUAUCCAGGAAUUCUCUGCUGACGCCACACGAUUCUCCCUUGCUGAUGCUGGAGAUGGAAUGGAUGAUGCCAACUUUGUCUUUGAGACGGCAAAUGCUGCAAUCUUACGCCUCACAAAAGAGAUAUCAUGGAUGCAGGAGGUUAUAGAGGGGGAGUCAUCUUUCAGAAAGGGGCCCUCUUCUACUUAUGCUGAUCGCGUGUUUGCCAAUGAGAUCAACAUUGAAGUCAAAAUGACUGAGAAGAACUACAGUGAGUUCAUGUUCAGGGAAGCUCUCAAGACUGGGUUUUAUGAUCUCCAAGCUGCCAGGGAUGAGUAUAGAUUUUCUUGUGGUAUGGGGGGCAUGAAUCGUGAUCUGUUAUGGCGGUUUAUGGAUGUUCAAACUCGUCUUAUGACUCCAAUCUGCCCUCAUUUUGCUGAAUAUGUUUGGAAGGAGCUUCUGAGGAAUGAAGGGUUUGUUGUAAAAGCAGGAUGGCCUGAAGCUGACACACCUGACCUCACUCUCAAGCUUGCCAACAAGUAUCUGCAGGACUCAAUUGUCUCAAUGAGGAAGCUGCUCCAAAAACAAGUUUCAGGCCCAAAAAGGGCCGACAAAAGCAUCUCCUCUAGUGCAGAAAACAGACCAACUGUUGGACUAAUAUAUGUGGCCGAGCAAUACGACGGAUGGAAAGCAGAAUGCUUGAAAAUACUACAAAGCAAGUUCAACACAGAAACAAGCAGUUUUGCACCAGACCAAGAGAUCUUGGAGGCAUUGCAGCAGAGUGAAAUUGGGCAGGAAGGAAACUUUAAGGAGACCCAGAAGCUGUGUAUGUCUUUCCUGAGGUUCAAGAAGGAUGAGGCCAUUGCUGUUGGGGUUCAGGCCUUGGAUCUGAAGCUACCCUUCGGAGAAGUGGAGGUCCUGGAGGAGAACUUGGAGUUGAUCAAGAGGCAGCUUGGUCUAGAGGAGGUUAAAGUUCUGUCUGCUGCAGACCCUGAGGCUAUUCAGAAAGCUGGGCAGUAUGCCUCACUACUAAACCAGAAUCCGCCUUCUCCAGGAAACCCAACUGCCAUCUUCUUGAGUGAUUAGCCUAAGGAAUAUUGAUUUGGGGUGUUUGCUAGGUAAUGGAAGUAUCCUAGUUUCUCUGUAGCAAGUUAUCUUCUUAAUGGCAAAUGGUAGCCAUUUCUGUUUCACUUUCAAGACGAAUUCAUGUGCUAAUUUACAUCCCCUGAGGUGAUUGCAGGCAGUAUUAUAAAGCUUGGAGUUGAGUUU